AGACCGUAAUUCUCCAUGUCCUGCUGUUUAUGCUUGAAGUGAAAACAAAGAAAUGGCUCCAGCGAAGAAGGGAAAGGCCAAAGCCCAGAAGGCAGAGCCGUCUCGUCCCUCUGAAAAUGACUACAAAUUCCCAUCGUCCAUCCGCUCGGUUCCUCCCUCGUCUGUUGCCAUCACCAUUCACGCCAAACCCGGCGCCAAAUCUUCCUCCAUCACCGAUUUCAGCGACGACGCUGUAGGGGUCCAGAUCGAUGCGCCUGCCAAAGACGGUGAAGCCAACGCUGCACUUCUUGAUUAUAUCAGCUCGGUUUUGGGAGUCAAAAGAAGGCAAGUUUCAAUAGGUUCUGGCUCUAAAUCAAGAGAUAAGGUGGUAAUCGUCGAGGAGAUUACUCUGCAGACUGUAUUUGAUGCUUUGAGCAAAGCGUCCAAGGGUUAGCAAUGGAGAGACACAAUGUGAAAUGCUAGUUACUCUUACCAUGCUAGUUCAAGCCAUGGAUGAUACUUGAUUGCUUCCUUGAUUGAAAAGAUAUUUAACAAAAACAGUUCAUACAGGGUCAGUCUUCUGAAAAUUAAUGCAAAACUUGAGAAGGGGGGCCUUUCGGCUUGUUUCCUUGUAAAACAGUU